GCCCACCCCCCACCCUGCCCCCAGCCUCAGCACGUGCUUGGUGCUGUCCCAGGUGCUGAAUCUGACACUUUGACCUGUUGUGCUGAAAGUUCCCUGGAUGUGGCCAGAGGUGACCAUGGAUACGUUGUGGCAUACUGGGCAUGCAGCAGCCUGGCAUGUGGAGGGGGGCUGCUGAUUGGAGAUGUGAAGGGGGUGCACAUAUGACUGUCUUCUCCUGUCACUCAGGCUUGAGGAGGAAGACAAGGGAUGCGGUGGAUUUCCUCCAAAGAGUCUUCUUGGCCUCCAGAGAUGUUUCUGAUCGCUCUUUUGAUCGCUCUGAGGGAAUCUAUGGCGGCUCCGACCCCCACAUCUGAGGAUAUAAACCGCGGAGUUGAUUGGUUGACUAGAUUUGGCUAUCUGCCUCCGCCUGAUCCAGUCACAGGACAAUUGCAGACACAGGAGGAAUUGUCCAAAGCAAUCAAGGCAAUGCAAGAGUUUGGGGGCCUGAAACCUACUGGAAUACUAGAUGAGGCCACCUUAGAAUUAAUGAAAACCCCUCGCUGUUCUCUACCUGACCUGUCCCAAUCGGAAGCUACAAGGAGAAAGCGCAAUGUCCAGGCAAUGACAAAGUGGAGCAAGCGAAAUUUAUCUUGGAGGGUUCGAACAUUCCCUAAAGAGUCAUCUCUGGGUCAUGACACUGUGAGGGCUCUUAUGUACUAUGCCCUUAAGGUGUGGAGUGAUAUAACACCACUGAACUUCCAUGAAGUGGCUGGAAAUAAUGCAGACAUUCAGAUUGACUUCUCCAGAGCUGACCACAAUGACGGCUACCCGUUUGAUGGACCAGGUGGUACUGUAGCCCAUGCUUUUUUCCCUGGUGAACAUCACACCUCUGGGGACACUCAUUUUGAUGAUGAAGAGUCAUGGACAUUCAGAUCAUCAGACAUACAUGGCAUGGACCUGUUUGCUGUUGCGGUACAUGAAUUUGGUCAUGCCAUUGGACUGACUCAUAUUUCUGAUAUGGAAUCUAUAAUGAGACCAUAUUAUCAAGGGCCAGUGGGUGACCCCCUGAAAUAUAACCUUCCGUUUGAUGACAAAGUCAGGAUCUGGCAGCUAUAUGUGUCCCACAUGGCCUCUAAUCCUUCACCCUCUCUCACCUCAGGAGUCCGCGAGUCUGUAUCCCCAACAGCAAAGCCUGAAGUGUCUGGAGCUGAAGAACAUCCCUUUCUGCCUGAUCUGCCAGAGAACCGUUCUACCAUCCAGCCAAGAAAGGAUGAGCCAGACAGAUGUAACACACACUUUGAUGCGGUAGCUCAGAUACGUGGAGAAGCAUUCUUCUUCAAAGGCAAAUAUUUCUGGAGACUUACGCGCAAUAAGCAUUUAGUUUCCCUUCAGCCUGCUCAAAUCCAUCGAUUCUGGAAGGGUUUGCCACUAAACAUGGAUAGUGUGGAUGCAGUUUAUGAGAGGACAACAGACCACAAAAUUGUCUUCUUUAAAGGAGAUCGAUACUGGGUUUUCAAAGAUAAUAAUGUGGAAGAAGGAUACCCCCGACCUAUUACAGACUUUGGAUUGCCCUUGGGGGGUGUGGAUGCUGCCUUCCCUUGGUCCCACAAUGAUAAGACAUAUUUCUUUAAAGACACACUCUUCUGGUGUUACAAUGAGCGGGAGCAUAGAAUGGAUGAUGGCUUCCCUAUGCAGACUGCCCUCUGGAAAGGGAUUCCUGCUACUCUGGAUGAUGCAAUGGGAUGGUCAGAUGGUGCAACAUAUUUUUUCAAAGGUAAAGAGUACUGGAAAGUCCUAGACAAUAGGAUGGAGGCAGAGCAAGGAUACCCACAAUCUACAGCACGGGACUGGCUAGUAUGCAGUGAUAUGCAGUCAGAUGGACCAAGUUCAGAAAGCGGUCGGACUGGUGCCCAUUCCAGCCAGGGUCAACAACAUGAGAGCAGGUCCGAGAAUGGUUACGAGGUCUGUUCUUGUACAUCCUCAGCAGAGUCCUUCUGUACCAGCAUAUCUACAAACAUUUCAUUAGUCCUGGUACACCUCUUCACAGCAGCCUUGAUCUCAUUCUUAUGAUGCGCCUAUCUAAUGGAUUCUACCAUUACUUAAAAGGACUUGGGGGGGUGACCAACCAUUGGUACCCUCACAGUGCUAUGCCGUACUAAAGGCCAAACAUUCCGAGAAGCUUGGAAGUAAAUGAUACCAAAUUCUCCAUGAGAAAUGAACUUUUUAAGAUAAUGUUCUGUAAAGUGGUGCUCAGAUUAUUGAAAAGUAUAGAACAUAAAAUAACACCGGAAAAGCUGGGCAGUGUGGGAAGGAGCUGCUUUUGGUGUCUCACUAAAAGAAAUCGUUCCAUGUGAAAACUCUACAUUUUCACAUAGCUGUCUACAUAUAAGUUCUACACCUUCUGCCAAAGUCUGUAAGAAGUCAGUGCAGAUAUCUGUAGUAACUGACUGAAGGAAAGAGCAAAGCUGGUGUCGCUUACAUUAUGUCCUUGCAUCAAUUAAGGGAAACUAUCAUCCAAAUAUACAUAUAUAUCUAUUUUUAAUAUGUUAUUUAAAAAAAAAGAUGUCAUUAAAGAUGUAAUAUUUUGUUUUUAGCCACUAAUGUUAACUUUUACUGUAGGGUAGUGUCAUCUUCAUUGCCUGCAAGCAUCACAGCUGCUAUUGCUGAAUACAUUUGUUUGCUGAACAAGAGCUCGACGUCUAUCACAAUAGCAACAGUGGCAUCUGCAGUCUGUAUGAAUGUAUCACAAUCCUUCACAUUAAAUAUUUACCACUGUCUCCAUAAUGUUUGAUGAUAUGUCACUGAGCAGUAACAUUAAGACAUGUAGGGUCAUCUGGAGACUCAUAGUUCCCCUCCCCCCUUUAAGUUUGUCACAAGUGUGCGGGAGGCACUGUCACGUCUUACUGUUUUGUUAGCAGGCCUUCUGAACAGACCCAGUAACUGAGCACUGCCACAAAUGAAUUCUGUAAUUCUGCUUCUUUGAUUUUCUGUCAAGCAGUUGUACAAUAAAGAGGCACAUCUUGUUUACACCAUAAAUG